AUGCCUCCCAUACCAGAACGCUGCCCUGAACCGCUCACAAACCCCCGCGUGGUCUGCUACUUUCAAACGUAUUACCCCAGCAACGGAUCGCUUUAUGUUUCCCUUCUGCCGCUUUUGACGAAUAACUGCGUUGUCUCGCACAUCAUUCUGGCCGCAAUCCACAUAAAUGACGAACCGGGCCAUAUCACACUCAAUGAUCAUUUCCCAGAUGAUACCAGGUAUGUGCCAUUGUGGGCCGAGAUGCGAGUCAUGCAGUCCAGCGGCGUGAAGGUGAUGGGAAUGUUGGGCGGCGCGGCUCCGGGGAGCUAUGUGAAACUUGAUGGCAGUGCGGCCGACUUUGAGGCGUACUAUCGCCCGCUGCGUGAUCUAAUUCAAGCCCGUAAAUUUGACGGGCUGGAUCUUGACGUAGAGGAGGAAAUGUCUCUGAAUGGGAUCAUCAGGUUAAUUGAUCGUCUCAAACUUGAUUUUGGCGAUGAUUUUAUUAUUACUUUGGCUCCUGUUGCAACUGCUCUUGUGCCCGGAAUGAAGCAUCUCUCUGGAUUCGACUACCGAGAACUGGAGAUCGCUCGAGGAUCCAAGAUAUCAUGGUAUAACGUUCAAUUCUACAAUGGCUGGGGUCAUAUGGUACAUCCAAUCGUUUAUGACACGAUAAUACAUCAUGGCUGGAAGCCAGAAAGGGUUAUUAUAGGCCUCUUGACCAACCCAACGAAUGGUUCCAAGGGCUACGUUCCAGUUGAAACUUUGAGUGCUGUCUUGACGGAGGUGAUAAGGAGAUAUCCUACUUUCGGCGGUGUAUCAGGAUGGGAGUACUUCAACGCGAUGCCGGGAGAAACCAAAACACCAUGGCAGUGGGCGGCAUCGAUGUCCAUGAUAAUGGGGAUGGGGAAGCUUCUUGAGGCUGCGGUGGCCCUGCAAUAUCCAAGCUCAGCUUUACGCUGA